GUCGUCGUCCCUUCACCUUCUAGUGUGUGGUCGGGUCGACAUUCAUCAAUUGUAGUUUUGAGGUUUAUUAUCUGCUUUUAUUUGGGCUAUUCUGAGACUUCCUGUGCAAGCGCUUGCGGAGAAGACUUCAUCAAGAGAGCAGAGAUGUGGUGGUUGAGGCUGGUGGUGGCGCUGGUGGUGGUGGUGGUGGCUGGUGUACAGGCCAUCAAUGACGUCUUUCCCCACCCUGAUCCUCCCGAGGUCGACCCUGCCUCUCUCGCCCGACACCACCGACGGAGACCUUCCGAAGACCACAGGGUACACAACCUGUUGCUGAACCCAGAGCAGCACUCUCUCUGCGAGCUGAAGCCUAUCCGGCAGAUCGUCACUCACGCCCAGUGCACUUCUAAGGAGAUGGAGAACUUCGUUUGUGUGGGGACCUGCUUCAGUUACACCGUGCCCCAGACGGAGCCAGAGACCCCUGGCGACGAACUCCUCGACUACUGCGACUCCUGUCAGGCCUCGGAGUCUCACUGGACCACGAUCCAGCUGGACUGCGAGGAGUACGGCAACGCCUACCAGGUCACCAAGAGCCUGCAGAUGAUCACCAACUGCUCGUGCUCCCCCUGCAACCCCUCCAGGAGCAACCAGCCCCCAAUCACCAAUAACGAGGUCACCUAUCCGGUCAACGAUCACCACGUCAACGAACUGAUCUUCAAGAUGCUGCCGGAUGGCCACAAGUUUAAGGAAGGCGUGACCAAACCGGAUGCCAAUCGGGAGCUUCAGUACACGGAGAUGUCCCUCGAUAUCUUGAAGAAGAAGCUGCACCUCGAGCCACACACGGAGCAGUUCCUCAGAGACAAGGUCCUCCUCAAGCAUCCUAACUCCUUCGCUGAUAUUGAGGAAGAGGAGGACAUCAUGAAUCUUUCUUACUGAGGGUCGAUACUUCUCCUCGGUACUAUCACAGUGUCCCGUUGCCCGAAUGACCAAUGGAAUAACAUAGACCAAAUUAUAAAUAACGAGAAAGAGAAUACAGCUCAAGCAGUGUUCUAUUUAUGCGUAAACAAUUGUUAUGAUGCGACAUGUAAACAAGAUGUGUAGCUCAAACGUAGUGACAUGAUCUAUAACAGAUUAGAAUAAGCAUGGAUAUAAUGAGGCCUUAUACGUGCACCAUCUUCCUCACACCAUCAUUGUAGUAUAAAUCUUCCCUCACACCAGCAUCUUAGAAAUUAUGUGAAGUAGGAUAUUUGAGACACUAGACAGCAGUGAUAAACCUACCCUGAUGUACACAUGUCAAUUUUCAUCGUAAUCUUACAAAUUUCAAAUCAUUUCAUCUCAAAAUUUAAAAGAAAAGUAUCGUCUGCUGAAAUUGCUAUUUGUUCCUUGUGCCUUAAAUGGCGCCUAUACCAGUUUUUAAGACCAUUUAUUUCACAUAGAACUCAAAUCGUUGUAAAUUUGUGUAUCCUUUUAAAUAUCGUAAAACGUAAAAUCAUAUAUGUAUAUAUAUAUAUAUAUAUAUAUAUAUAUAUAUAUAUAUAUAUAUAUAUAUAUAUAUAUAUAUAUAUAUAUAUAUAUAUAUAUAUAUAUAUAUAUAUAUAUAUACAGUAUAUCGAUAUUGACGUAAUGCUUGGCCUUUAAUAAAAUUCAGCCUAAUUUAUAUUCUAAUUUACCUAGUUUCGACGAAUUUUUAGAAACUAUAUAAAUUUAUAUUAUUUUAAA